GCAGAGCAGCGAUGGCCGGCGGGGAGCAGCGGGCGCCCGGCGGCCCCGCGCGGGUGGCGCUGAAGAAGGAGAUCGGGCUGGUGAGCGCCUGUGCCAUCAUCAUCGGUAACAUCAUAGGCUCUGGGAUCUUCAUCUCCCCGAAGGGAGUUCUGGAGCACGCGGGCUCGGUGGGCCUGGCUCUCAUCAUCUGGGUGCUCGGUGGAGGCGUGGCUGCCCUGGGCUCGCUCUGCUACGCUGAGCUGGGGGUCACCAUCCCCAAGUCGGGAGGGGAUUAUUCCUAUGUCACAGAGAUUUUUGGUGGGUUAGCUGGGUUUCUGCUGCUGUGGAGUGCGGUGCUUAUCAUGUACCCAACUAGUCUGGCUGUCAUUGCACUGACCUUCUCAAACUAUGUCCUGCAGCCUGUCUUCCCUAACUGUAUUCCCCCCUACAAUGCCUCCAGGAUCCUCUCCAUGGUGUGUUUACUCCUCCUGACGUGGGUGAACAGCUCCAGCGUGCGAUGGGCGACGCGCAUUCAGGAUAUAUUCACAGCAGGAAAACUCCUAGCCCUGACCCUAAUCAUUAUUGUGGGCUUCAUACAGAUCUUUAAAGGAAACUACAAAGAGUUGACACCAAGCAAUGCAUUCAGAUUUUGGAUGACUCCAUCUGUGGGACAUUUAGCAUUAGCUUUUCUUCAAGGGUCCUUUGCAUUCAGUGGAUGGAACUUCUUGAACUAUGUCACAGAGGAGCUGGUUGAUCCCCGCAGGAACCUGCCUCGUGCCAUAUUCAUAUCCAUCCCAUUGGUGACAUUUGUGUACACGUUCACCAACAUUGCAUAUUUCACUGCCAUGUCUCCCCAAGAGCUCUUGUCCUCCAACGCUGUGGCGGUAACAUUUGGUGAAAAGUUACUGGGCUAUUUUUCCUGGGUUAUGCCAGUCUCAGUGGCCCUAUCUACAUUUGGAGGAAUAAAUGGAUACCUUUUUACCUCAUCAAGGCUGUGUUUCUCUGGUGCUCGGGAAGGCCACUUGCCAAGUUUGCUGGCCAUGAUCCAUGUCAAGAACUGCACUCCCAUCCCUGCCCUUCUCAUCUGUUGUCUGGCCACGCUCAUCAUCAUGCUGGUUGGAGACACAUACACGCUCAUCAACUACGUGUCGUUCAUUAACUACCUCUGCUAUGGAGUGACCAUUAUAGGCCUGAUUGUUUUACGCUGGAAGAAACCCAAAAUCUUCAGACCUAUCAAGGUGACACUGUUACAGCUACAUUUCUGGGUUGUAAUAGUCGUGCAAAGGGUGGGAUGGGGACACCUCCCAGACCAUGUCCCAGGCAGGUCUCUUGUGAACUUGUUGGGAUAUGCAGAGGGGAGAACGGUGGUGGAGGGAAGGGGACACAGCCUGGGGGGCCUGGAGCCUGCCCUGCCUGCAGCCCCCCACCCCACAGCCACUGCUCUGCACAGUCCUGCUCUGCUCUGCUCUCUCCUGGUAGGUGAACCUCCUCAUCCCCAUCACCUACCUGGCGUUCUGGGCCUUUCUGCUGGUCUUCAGCCUGUACUCCGAGCCCAUCGUCUGUGGGGUUGGACUCAUUAUCAUUUUAACUGGAGUGCCAGUGUUUUUCCUUGGAGUCUACUGGAGAAAUAAACCAAAGUGUGUAAAUAGGCUAAUAGAGUCCCUGACGUGCUGGGGGCAGAAGCUGUGCUUUGUGGUGUACCCUCAGUGUGGAAGUGCAGAGGAGGACACCUCCUCAGCCCACUCCUGGCGGCUGGUGAGCGAGACAGCAGGGAGGAAAUCACAGCAGCGUGG